AUGCGCGCAGCGUGGGCCAUUUGUUAUACGACGAAGCAGUCUGUCGGUCGCCUCGUGGACAAGAACCACACCGGCUACAGCUACGCUCAUUUCUACGCCGAGCAAGGCAAGACCCGGACCAGCGCCAUGUUGAACAACAGCGGGGAGUAUUUUUCUGCCUGGCCCAGGGGUGAGAAGUGGCAGGAUCCGAUCAAAACCGGUAGCAAAGAUGCGUCGGCAUCAAGGCUCGCGAACACCACAGCCAAGCAUGCCAAUGAAAGAGUAGUAAGGGAGGGAGGAAGCUAUGGCGCCGCCGAAGCAGCCCAGGACGCCCGAGCUGGUGCCUGGCUCACUGCCUGGCCCGCCGGCGAGAAGUGGGAGAUGCAGCCAGUGUCCACGUCUACGCCAUGA